AUGGAGACCGAACUCUCGUAUCCUCCAGCUGACUUCGGCCUGGCGGAGUUCAACGGCUCCUUCUGCCAUCUCAACACUCUGCUCCUCUCUUCCUCUGCUCGGAGCGGGCACUUUCCGCUGCAGAAUUUCGGUAUCGAAGCCAGCAUCUCCCAACUCUCCGCUAGGUUUCCUCCUAGCCGCCAUAAUUCCCUCCCGAAGAACGGCAGGAAGGGGCGGCGCGGCGUCGAGAUAGUUUUUGCAUCAGCUUCCCUCUCUGCGCAUGACCGCGCCGGAUGGCUGAAGCCUUCGACCAGGGGGACCGGCUCUGGGGCCAGAUCACUCAUGAAGGCGCUCUCCACCGCGGAGCGCGCCGUCAUCGGCGCCAUGGCCGGGGGGAUCGCUGGCGCCUUCACUUACGUCUGUCUCCAUCCCAUCGACACCGUCAAGACCAAGCUCCAGACAAAAGGAGCCGCUCAGAUCUACUCGAGCGCCAUUGAUGUCGCCCUCAAGACCUUCCAGGCCAGCGGCAUACUCGGGUUCUACCGCGGGGUAUCCGCGGUUAUCGUCGGAUCCGCCGUCUCCUCCUCUAUCUACUUCGGCACCUGCGAGCUCGGCAAAGCCGUGCUCGGCAAGCUCUCUCACUACCCGCCCCUGCUCAUCCCGCCGACCGCUGGUGCCAUGGGGAAUAUCGUUUCGUCUGCAAUUAUGGUACCCAAGGAGCUCAUUACCCAGCGGAUGCAGGCCGGAGCAGCUGGUAGGUCGUGGGAGGUGCUAUUGAGGAUUUUAGAGAAGGAUGGAAUCCUCGGUCUGUACGCAGGUUAUUCAGCCACAUUGCUGAGGAACUUACCGGCAGGUAUCCUGAGCUAUUCUUCGUUUGAGUAUUUGAAGAGCUUUGUGCUAAGUAGGACCGGAAAGGCCAAUCUCGAGCCCGUGCAGAGUGUGGUCUGUGGGGCGUUGGCGGGGGCAAUAUCAGCAUCUCUGACGACUCCUCUAGAUGUGGUGAAGACACGGCUGAUGACACAAAUCCACGGCGAAGCCAGGAAUAGGAUUUCAGACACAGUGAGACAAAUUCUUGUGGAAGAAGGCUGGCCAGGCCUUUUCCGGGGUAUGGGGCCUCGUGUGCUUCACAGUGCCUGCUUCGCCGCCUUGGGAUAUUUUGCGUUCGAGACUGCCAGGCUAACACUGCUGCAUCGGUAUGUACAGCAUAAGGAACAGAUGGAAAGUAUUAAGGAUUCUGUUUAA